UUCAGCUUGAGCCAAUCGGAAUGUAACGUCGUGUCCCAGGGUUGAAGGGCCGCACACAAAAACAAGUCUUGUAGGCGCUGUCAGUGUUGAAGACAGCGAUACCUGGGAUCAUGUUGCAGGAGGGUACAGUUCAUCGAUGCUGGAUACUGAGCUCCUUGCUUCUCAUCUCCUGGCUUUUGUCUGCCAGUGCUCAGGACCCUGCUCACCCAGAUGUGGAGGUCACAGAGGGGCAUCGGCCUAAUAUCAGGCUGGACAGGGAAAGGGUCCAGGAUAGAGAGCACAUUAUGGAGCAUUUAGACGGUGUUAUUGACAAGCCCGAGUCAGACAUGUCGCCCCAAGAGCUGCAGCUGCAUUACUUUAAAAUGCACGACUACGAUGGCAACGACCUGCUGGAUGGCUUGGAGCUGGCAACUGCUAUAACCCAUGUACACAGAGAGGAAGGAGGAGAAAAUAGCCAUCAAAUGAAUGAAGAGGAGCUUGUUGUUUUAAUAGAUGACGUGCUGAGAGAUGAUGACAAGAACAAUGAUGGAUAUAUUGAUUACGCAGAGUUUGCAAAGUCGUUGGCGUGAUGAAAAAACUGCAGAUGAAAUGAUUAAGAGUGUAGGUUAUGAAUCACACAUUGCCCUUUACAUAUUUCAAGCAGGCAACUGCUUCUAAGUCACCCAGGUAUACUACAAGUCAGCUUUCAAAUUUUCUAAAUGUCAAAAUCAAUAAAAUAUUUGAAAUAAAAAAAGCUCUUUUAGUCUGGAGCUGAGCAUUACAGUAUCGUGAUACAUUUACGGUUGGUUUCACAGAUCCUGAUUAGCACUAAUCUUGAAUUUCCUGAGGUAAGGUAAUACAAGAUUAGUGCUAGUCAGGGUCUGUGAAACCAGCCUUGAGUGUAUUUGAGGUUAUGACAAAGGCAGUUUUCUAACAGUAUUUGGGAUUCAGUCUCCAUAGCACUGUAUUGGUUUAACAAUUAGAGGUCCUUAUGAAUGGUGUGUUGGCACAUACUCCAUUAUAAUAGUAGACCAAUAUAUUAAUUAAAAAAACAGCAUAUUCCUCGUCUUGUUUUAGAUUAUAAAUAUGUUAGUCGGUUUUCAGACUUCUAGAUCUUAAAUGUUCUGCUGGUAUUUUACUCCAAGUUAAGAAUCAUUUUGUCAGAAGGACAAGGCAAAAUGAAGAAAAGGUCUUUUGCUGUUGAUGAAACUGGGGAAGGUUUGUUGAAACUGUUUGGGUGGAAAAUGAGAAUUGAAUAGGUGGCCCUAGUUGAGGUUUUCCUUUGGGAGGUCCCAUUCUCAGUUUAUCACUCCAGACUUGGUGGGGCUAGCACAUCUAGUAAAGGAAUUCCUUAGAGCAGCAUUAAUCAGAUGACCCUUCUCUCACACUUUCUCUUGUCCUUAAAAUCAAACAGGCACAUGGUUCAGAUGCACUAGUACACAUGGCUGUGUGUUUGACUACUGCCCCAGUUUUUAUAUGUGUUUGAUAAAGACAUAUUUACAAUUGAAACCAUUUAUAUACUUAAUUGUAAUUUAUUUUUUUAACAAUACACUGUGUUUGUAAAAAAAAUAACAUACUGGUAUUUUAAAAUGAUAAUUUGGUGAAUUUCAACCAGAAUGUCAAAUAAACCCUACGUACUUUGACUUUAUUCGCUACUGUGACACAUUUGUACAUCUAAUCAUUUAUGUAAUCGUAAAUAGAACAAAUAAACAUACUGUUCCUCUA